AUAGGCACCCUAGAGUGAUAUUCUCACGAGCAUUGCAUAUCUAUAUAGUAUAAUAGAAUUAGGGAAUUAAUUAGCCCGAUAUGAGUCUUCCUAAGUGUGAUCAGUGUAAGGUUCCAGGUAAGUCUGUUUGGCCAGAGCUGAUGGGACAAAAUGUGGACAAAGCAGUGAGUAUAAUACACAAAGAAAAUCCAAAUCUUCACACCGUUGUGUUAAAUAUUUCCAAGCCAAUUCCAGAGCCAGUGGACUGCACUCGUGUUCUUGUUUUUAUUAAUGACAACAAGCAGGUUGCUCUCCCACCGAGUGUUUGCUGAAGUUAAUUUCGACGGUGGACUAGUGCUAUUUGCUGUUUAAAUUCAGUCUAGUUGAGAUCUACUCAAGUUUAUCUAUUUUAUGAUGUCUCUUUCAAGCAUAUCUGCAAUUCUGAUCCUUAUUUCAAUCGAAUUUCUUUAAAGUGGUUUUCAAUUUUGUUCUA